AGCCGCCAUUUUUGCAGUCGAUUUUACACUUGCGAUUCUCGCAGCGGUACAAUUCGAGGUUAAUUGUUAGAUCGAAUCCACUGACAAUUGCUUGUCAUUUGUGGAGUCAUUAUUUGUCGUGGACUUAACAGUUGGUCAUUUUUAUCGGAACCUGUUGCGUCUCCACAUUGAUCAAUUAUUUUCUCAUUGUUAGUUAUGGCUUUAAAAUUAUAUUACGACUUACUCUCGCAACCAUCAAGAGCACUGUACAUAUUCUUCAAAAUAUGUGACAUACCAUUUGAACGAAAAAUUGUAAAUCUGAAGAAUCUUGAGCAAUACACUCCAGAGUUUGAAGAGAUUAAUCCGUUUAAGAAAGUCCCUGUUAUAGAACACAAUGGUUUCAAACUUGCAGAAAGUGUGGGAAUUACACGAUACAUAUGCAGAGAAUUUAAGGUGGAUGAUCACUGGUACCCAUCCGACUCGAAGCAUCAGGCGAAAGUUGACGAAUAUCUUGAAUGGCAACACCUGAACACAAGACUUCAUUGCGCGACAUACUUUUUAACGAAAUUUCUUAAUCCAUUAAUGCGGGGCAAGCCGGCCAAUCCGGAAAAAGUGGCUGAUGCAGAAAAACACAUGAAUAGAUGUAUUGACAGUAUAGAGAACGUAUGGCUUAAAGAUACGCUGUUUCUAGUAGGAAAUACGAUCAGUGUGGCUGAUAUAUUCGGUGUUUGCGAAUUGGAACAACCGCGUAUGGCCGGUUACGAACCGAGAACGGGAAGACCACGUCUGACUGCUUGGAUGGACAGAGUUGCAAAAGAAACAAGCCCUUAUUAUGAAGAGGCUCAUAAAUUCUUAAAUCAAAUAGCUGCAGAAAAACCUGCGCAACAGUUUAACUUUAAACUGUAGAGUCUCUCUCUACAAACAGCAACAUUAAUAUGUUGGUUGCAAUAAUCAAGGGUAAUUUUUAUGAUGUUUUUUUGAUACUAUUGGUACUGAUUGAAUAAAUAUCGGCAUUUGCUACGCAUA